AGAAUCCUCAGUUGCCAAGUGGUCCAAGUACAGUACUGCUGCCUGUCCAGGAUCCAUAUCCUGCGUCUGUGCCUUUCCAGAGUCUUCCACAAUUGAGUGAUCCAAGCACAGGCUCGGGGCCUGCCUAUUAUUAUCCCAGUCUUGUGGCAGUGCCUGCCCAGAAUCCUCAGCUGCCAAGUGGUCCAAGCACAGGUCCAGCAUCCGGCAUGAGCCCUGACCUGACAAGUAGUCCAAGUGAUGUGCUCUUGACUUCACCUCAGGCCUCGCUUUGGAGUCUAGGUGAGACUUCUGCUCAGUCUCCAGGACUGUCUUCUGCUCAAGCACCUAAUCCCAUGCUGUAUCCAGAUCCUCUGAAGCCCCCCCAAUUGCAAGUCCAUUUACCCACUGAACCCUUAAAGAAGUUACUGUGGCGGUUUCCCAAAGCUCCAGAAAGGCCUAAGCAAUUUCCGGUGCAGUUUAACUUGCGGCAGCCUACCCCAGUCAACAGUGUGGCUGCUGCAUGUGGGGAGAGUAUGGUGCAUGUGGAGGUGAAGCAAGAUUUCUUUGGAAAUGGUAUGCUCGUAAACCCUAGUUCUCUGACGCUUGGAGGCUGUGCAGCAUCAGGACUGGACUCUGCAGCCCGAGUGCUCAUCUUUAACUCUGAACUCCAGGCUUGUGGUAGUGUACUAACGAUGACGGAAGAUUACCUUAUCUACAGCUUUCACCUCCUCUACCGCUCUGAACCUCUGGUUGGUACUUCAAUUGUCCGAACAGGAAGAGUCAAUGUUCAGAUUGAUUGUCACUACUCAAGGAAGCACAAUGUGAGCAGUAUUGCUGUGUCCCCUACAUGGGUGCCGUAUUCCUCUACAGUGGCAGCGGAAGAGCAUUUGGUCUUCACCAUGAAGCUCAUGACUGAUGACUGGCAGUAUGAGAGACCAUCGAAUCAAUACUUCCUUGGCGAGUUCAUGAAGAUUGAGGCAUCUUUGACCCAGUUUAACCAUGUACCUCUCCGUGUAUUUGUGGACCACUGUGUGGCAACUGCAGUUCCUGACAUUAAUGCUGUUCCCAGAUACACAUUUAUUGAGAACCAUGGAUGCUUGGUUGAUGCCAAGAUAACGGGCUCCAACUCUGAAUUUAUGAAACGGGUUCAAGAUGAUAAGCUGCAGUUUCAGUUGGAAGUGUUCAGAUUUGAACAAACCAACAGUAGUAUGCUGUACAUCACAUGUUUCCUGAAAGCCUCUACAACUUUACGGAAGACUGAUGCUGAACACAAAGCUUGCUCCUUUGAGACCAAUGGGUGGGCUGCUGCAGAUGGUAAUGACCAGAAUUGUAACUGUUGUGAUGGAGAAUGUGUCUCCAGGAAGGGGAGAAGUGUGCACACUGAAGAAGAUCAGUAUUUUGAAACGGAAGUCUCUUUGGGCCCCAUCUUGGUUGAGGAUGAUGACCACUUGUUGCAAUGAGUCAAUAGUGUUUCUUAAAAUUUUUAUAAAUAAAUAUGGGGAAAUUUGAA